AACGGAUCUCUUCUGGUAAAAGUUUCCAGCUUCCUUACUACUCUGCUUUCUAGUCCCUUCGUCGAAAAUCCAUAGAGAAAGAGUGGUGCGCGCGUCUACCUCUGUCCUCCCGACUUGUGUUCCCAAGAACACCGGCGCCGGUACACAGCCAUGGCCGUCAAAGAUGAGCAGCAGUCGCUGCACAUCCUCUUCUUCCCGUUCCUCGCGCCCGGGCACCUCAUCCCGGUCGCCGACAUGGCCGCGCUCUUCGCCGCCCGCGGGGUUAAGUGUACCAUCCUCACCACCCCUGUGAACGCCGCCGUGAUUCGCUCGGUUGUCGACCGUGCCAACGACGGUUUCCUUGGCACCGACGUCCCGGCCAUCGACAUCGCCGUCGUGCCCUUCCCCGACGUCGGGCUCCCCCCGGGCGUCGAGAGCGGCCCGGCCCUUAACUCGGAGGCCGACCGAGACAAGUUCUUCCACGCGAUCCAGCUGCUCCGCGAGCCCUUCGACCGGUUCUUGGCGGAGAACAGCCCCGACGCCGUCGUGGCUGACAGCUUCUUCACCUGGUCCGUGGACGCCGCUGGGGAGCACGGCGUCCCGCGGCUGGCGUUCCUCGGCAGCAGCAUGUUCGCGCGGGCUUGCAGCGACAGCAUGCUGCGCAACAACCCGGUCGAGGCCGCCCCCGACGACCCCGACGCCCUCGUGCUUCUUCCUGAGCUGCCGCACCGCGUCGAACUGAGGCGCAGCCAAAUGAUAGACCCCAGGAAGCGGCCGGAGCACUGGGCCUUCUACAAGAGCGUGAACGCCGCGGACCAGAAGAGCUACGGCGAGCUGUUCAACAGCUUCCACGAGCUGGAGCCGGAUUACUUCCAGCACUACACCACGACGCUCGGCCGCCGCGCGUGGCUCGUCGGGCCGGUCGCUCUCGCCAGCAAGGACGUGGCGACGAGGGGCGCCAACGGGCUCUCGCCGGACGCGGACGGCUGCCUGCGGUGGCUCGACGCGAAGCCGGCCGGCUCGGUGGUGUACGUCUCCUUCGGCACGCUGUCUCAUUUCUCGCCGGCGGAGCUGCGAGAGCUCGCCCGCGGCCUGGACCUGUCCGGCAAGAACUUCGUCUGGGUCAUCAACGGCGCGGACACCGACGAAUCAGAGUGGAUGCCCGAGGGCUUCGCGGAGCUGAUGGCGCGCGGCGAGCGGGGCCUCAUCAUCCGGGGCUGGGCGCCGCAGAUGCUGAUCCUGAACCACCUGGCCGUGGGCGGCUUCCUGACGCACUGCGGGUGGAACUCGACGCUGGAGGCCGUGAGCACCGGCGUGCCGAUGGUGACGUGGCCGCGAUACGCUGACCAAUUCUACAACGAGAAGCUCGUCGUGGAGCUGCUCAAGGUCGGUGUCGGCGUCGGAUCCACGGACUACGCGUCGAAGCUGGAGGCGCGCCGCGUGAUCGGCGGCGAGGUGGUCGCGGAAGCCAUCGGGAGGGUGAUGGGCGACAGCGAGGAGGGGGAAGCGAUACGGAACAGUGCCAAAGAGCUCGGGGAGAAGGCCAGGAGCGCGGUGGAAAAGGGCGGAUCGUCGUACGAUGAUGUUGGACGGCUGAUGGACGAGUUGAUGGCUCGGCGGGCUUCCGUCGAUGUCUGAGAACACGUCAGGUUGCUUGUUUGGUCGAACUCUAAACAAUUUAUUAUUAGAAUAUUGGAGCCUCCGGCUUAAAAAAAAAAGUGCCAACAAAUGGCACAUAAUGAAAAGUCUCGUACAUGAGUGAGUUUAAAAUAAGAGUAGAUCCUAUUAAUAAGCAUCCACCCAGAAAACAACUGAACAUGUUUAAUUAACAAAUGCUGUGGGCGUACAUAAUGAAAAGUCUUGUACUGCUAUAUAUGUUGAGAAAACAACUGAACAUGUUUAAUUAACAAAUGCAUGCGGGCUCAACAACUUCACUCUCUGAUAUCGGUGUUGCGAAUUGAUCAAUUGUUAACCGCUAUUAGCAGUUACGUUGCCCAUUCAGGUACGGGUGUCUUUCCAAGGGCAACUGCCAUCCAUUCACAAUGUAUAAAUGUACAAUUAAUUUUCUCUGGAAAAAAAUAUUGUAUAACAAUUGGAACACAUUGGAGUUGAUAGAAUCGAAUGAAUCGAUCAGUUUCAUUGCUUCAA